AUGGCCUCUGCUUAUCAUGAGCUUAAGAAGAGGUUCUACUUUGAAAUUGUUGCCAUCGGUCAACAACCCACCACAGACUGUGCAUUGGUGUUUGCAGAAAUCCAUCAUCUCCUUAGAGGUCAUGAAAUAAAUCACCUAACAAUGAUAGAUACAUUUAUAUUGGAACAGUAUCCAGAACUAUUAGAAACACCGCUAUUAAGAGGUUUGAAAGAAAGAUAUGCUGCUGCUAUCAAAGAACUUAAAAAAUAUAAAAAGGAGGAUAUGAUGUAUGUAAAGAUAUUAGCUACUAAAGAUGAUUGUGCGAUGUUGAACGGAAGAGUUUUCUCUCAAGCUACUAUAGUAGCAAGUGCUAUUGCUCAGUUCGUAAAUUCAACCUAUAAAAACUACUAUCAGAGUAGCAGUGAAUCCAGUAUCAGAACUCGAAGUAUCAUAACAAGCUACUUGAUUAACAGGACUAGUUUAUCAGCAUUAGCCGCUGGAGAAAACGACAUGGAAACCAUGGGUCCCACAGAGAAAGAAUUGUUCUUAGAGCGUACUAUUGCUCAGGUGAAGGAGCAAUGGGUCAAUGAUGAGGUAGAUAUUCUUAAGAAAGGUACUUUAGUUAUUCCAACAGGAGAAGAAAUAUAA